CUAAAUCAGUGCCACACUCCGCAAGACUGGUAAUUAGCCUCAUAAACCAGAUAUACCAGAAACCCUGGCUUUUUGGGAUAAACGAACUCUUGCCACACCUCCAAAAUUAAGUUUUGCGGUUUUCAAGGCAACCGACGCGUGUUGCUGUGAAGUCUGCUCGUGAAAUCUCUGCAGUCUACUGGAAAUCCUGCCUGCUGUGUCGCCGAAAUAGAUGUAUCUCUUUAUAAUAUAAGGAACUACAUCAAAGAGAAUAAAAGAGAUCUCCUCUUCCUCAACACUGAAGACUGACAGAUGAAUCCUCCUUAGCUGUACCUCUGGACUGUCACCAGUUUACUGACAUGACCUGCAAUCUGUAAACCUCUGUAGCCAUGGCUUUGAAAGUGGACCUCACUGCAAAGCCAGGUCAACAAGAAAAGAUGCAGAGGGUUCCUGUGCCAGGCUGACACAGUAACUGAGGUCAGAGCUGAGACCAGAGAGAGGCAACGAUAGCCUGAAACGUGAAUGGAGAUAAGAAAAAACACCACAGCAGGGGUUCUGUUCUGGACCCCUGCCCCUGCCCGCACUUCAUCCACCAGCUCUGUAAUAUCUGAGGACAUGUGGGAGGAUGAGGAUGGUGAACAGGAAGAGAAAAAGGAUGACUUUUUCAGCCAGAUGGAUGACAAUGGCAUCAUUGGACUGUCAGAGGCACUAGAGAAUGUGGAGUUGGGGGAAACUUGGGGUGACACAAAUGCAGAAUGUAAUCCAGCCUGCUAUCCUAGACCUCUCACCCCAGAGGAGGCAGACCCCAGUGGGAGCGAGCGAGAUGCACCACCUGAGGAGCACAAUUACAACCUGAGUCUCAACCUGUCCUUCAAUGAAGCACCACAAGAAGAUAUACAAAUACUAUCAUCCUGUGAUGGCAUGAUGAGAAGCUUAAAAGCACAGACAGAUGGUGAGGAGGUGAGGCAGAGAAAGGAAGAGCAGAAAAUAAAAUGUCUCUAUGAGAGGGACAAAUACCUGGACAUGACAGAGGAGGAGAAAUAUGGAGAGAAAGGUGGGAAGAAUAAUGAUAGCAAGAGAAAGAAAGAUAAACAAACUACUACAUUAAGGAAACUUGGAUCUAUGAAAGGCUUGGCUGGCAGCUCUAUUAACAAAGAAGAAAUUGAGAGGAUCAGAUCAGCACCACCUUGUGGUGCUCCCCAGCCAGUCAUAGAACCUGCUAAAGUCUCCAGCCAUCACUGCCUAGUAUCUCAGCCUGCCUCAGCUGUCAGAGCGUCCACUUUCCCUCACCUUCUCAACUCCACUGCUGAGGAAGUAACUGCUGCUCCAGGGACUGAAGCUGAAUCCUUUCCAGAGAUGGGUUUCAUAGAAAGUCUUCCACAAUCACACAGCAGCCACAUAAGUCUCAAGUCCAGUCCCCGUCCUCAAAAAUUUGAAAAGCAGGAGCAGGAGGGACUUCAGACAGCAGAUGUCUUACCUGAACAAUUGAUGGUAAAGUCUUACAGAGAAGCCUAUAAUGGGCCUUUAAAGGGAUCAGUAAAGACAGAUAGUCAUCAUGAGCAGCCCAGCCACUCACAGAGGAAAAUUAGACAGCCCUCUCCUGAAGCUAAACAUUCAAGGAUUCAUUCCCUCAGUGCCGUAAGGGCAGACUCCCUAAAAUCCAGACAGAGUCCAGACAGAGAGCUGGGGACACCCAGAGCCAGGACUAAGGCUGCUGAAGCGAAUGAAUCCAGAAAUGGGUCUCUGAGUUACCGCACACCAGACUUCUCUAAGGUGGAGCCCAGGGUCCGUUUCCCCAAAGGUUGUUACAAGCCCCCUAAGAGCAGACGCUCUUCCAAGAGGGAAUCCCUGAGCCCCGAGCCCCCCAUAGUGUUUAAGUCUCCUGCUGACAUUGUGAAAGAAGUCCUACUGAACACGACUGAUGGAUCUCCUGCCCCAUCAGACUCUAACAGGCCACCAAUGAGUUCCCCAAACUCCACUGUGCCUCAGGAGUUCAGAUGCCGCCAGCAGGCCACCACACUGCUUGAACAGCUACAGGUACAGGAGGACUACAACAGACUGCUGACUAAAUACGCUGAGGCAGAAAACACCAUUGAUCGCCUGCGUCUGGAAGCUAAGGUGAACCUGUUCUCGGAGCGUCCAAAGCCCAGCCACUUGGUGCAGUCCGCACAGUGCCACAACGCUUCAAAGUUCAUUACCCUGGACUUUCUUCAAGCUCAGAGAGCAGUGAUCAAUUCAGCUUCUCUUCAUCCAAAUGAACACAACGCUCAACAGAGCCUUCAGGAGGGACAACAAUUGGCUAAGAUUCUCUACAAUCAGGCCGACAAGUUCCUCCAGCAGCUGAAGACUUUUGAGGAUCUCCUAAAGACAGAAAAACUCAAACCUUUUGCUCAGAUGAAGGGUCUCUUACAGCUUGGUGAGGGGCUCAGCUCUUUAGAAAGGGGCUACCUGUCAGCAAGGGAUGAGCACAAACUGCUGCAGCAGCAGGGGGCAGAAAUCAGCCACUUUGACCCUGAACGGGAGCUGGAGGGGCUGAUCUACCAGUGUGGACUGCAUAUGGAUGAGCUGAAGGAGCAGGUGGAACAGGCGCGACAGGAGCAGCCCACCUGUGAAGCUUCUCCCUCUCCACCUCCACAACCCACCCCUUCAUCUGCUCUGUCUGAGGGGGGAGAAACUCUGAGUCACCCACAGAGCCCACCUGUGGCUUUGCUGGUUGAUCCAGGAAGGGCAGCAGAGGUGGAGCUGAGCUCAGCCGGUGAAGAGAGAGUUGAAGAGGAGGCAGAGACGGAUGAUGAAAAAUCUCAGAAUUCUCUAUAUCUCAAACCUCUGAAUCACAAAAACAGACGUGUGGAACAAGACUUUGCCACACUAAUGGAUCACUACCAAAGCUCCAAGGAACUUCCCAAAAAUGUUGACCAUAGCCUUAGGGAAGGAGCUCUCCUCUCUGCUGCUUUAGGAACUGGCACGCAGCCUGGGGAGACAGAGAGACAGGGUCAAGGAAGUGGAAACAUGGAAGUCCAGAAAAGUCUUCCACAGAGGAAAGCUGAAUCAGACCAUCAGCCAUCUGUUGACAACAGCAAACAGAGGACCAGCAGGUACAGUCCACCUUCACGCAGGGCCUCCAGUCAGUCCACCUUACUCCCUGUUCAUCCUCCUAGUAGCCACAGGAGGUUAGAGAUGGGAAAGUUCCACAGUAGCAGUCUGAGCAGCCUUGGAGAGAUCACUGCAUCGGAGAGGAGGAACUUCAAACUCCAAACUGGGAGCAGGAGAGUGCUUUCUCAGGAUGGGAUCAUCUCUCCAGAGACGGACAGUGGGUUUGUUGGUUCAGAGAGCAGCCAUCUGACUCCUGCAACAGUUCCCAGUCCUCUCCACCAGAGGGCCUCACAGAGUGUUUCAGUCCAUCAGGAGGGACACACAGGGAGAUGUCAAAUAGGCCCAGUCUCAGCACCAUCUCCUGCCUCCUCACCGUCAAGCAGCUGCAAAGCUACGGGGACCAGAGGGGCCUCCCAGCUCAGCCCCGACCAGCCAAACAGAAGCAGACAGAGACAGAGGAGACGCACCUUCUCCUACUCUCCACAACGCUGGGUCAGUCACACAGAACAAACCAGGGCUGACAGUGGAACCAGUGAGUUUGGGCUGGAGAGUGACAGCACUUACACUGUGUCUGAAGAUGGACAGAGUGACCAGUACGCAGGAACCAUUAAUUCCCUCCACAGCUCCCACCCAAGCUCCUCCACCACUGCAGCAUAUCACCAUGGCGAUUAUCUCAGAGCAUUGGGCUACAGACAGGUGGCGAAUCGCAAUGAUGCAGUCCAGACACUGCAGUCCGAGGUCAUCAGACUGAAGGAGAGACUUGAAAGCUGUUUGAGAAAGAAGAAGCCUAUCAACUCCAUGAGAGCAGCUCCUUCAGCUCAAGUCAACUACACUCACCACUACACCUCUACACCUCGCAUCAGGCCUGGGGAGAGAUGUCAGAGUGAAGUCAGCAGGGGAAGAAGAGAAAGGCGAACUGUUGACGAGGUAGAGGAGGAUUCUACACUGAGACGAACAGCCAGAGAAAGAUCACCCCGUGCAGAUAGACAAAAUCCACCACGUGACAUCUUGACAGGUUCAGAGCUGGAACCCCCCACACCCCAGUCUCAGCCCCAGGUGUCCAGAUGUACUCAAACAUCCACUGCAGCACCAGACAGCUGCUGUUCACACACAAAUCCUGUCCACAUCAAGAGAACAAGCUCCAGGCAGCAUCCUGUCGUGUCUCUACAAGUGUCUGAAACAGCAGAUGAACCUGACAGCAGAAGUCGUCAAGCUCCUCUUUGUCUCGAAUGUUCUGCAUGUCACCGAGGACGAUCUGAACGGCCAGUCGGGGGCAACAGAGAGCCUACCCACUCCUCCUCUUGCUGUCAUCACUGUUGUCUCUGUGGACACCCUGAGGCGUACAGAGCCACUAAGCCAGACUGUCGCAGAAAGUCAGCGUCCCCCACACACACAAGCUGCCAACCAGCCAAGUCCCCUGACAGAGCGGUGAAGAGCAGAUACGCUGCAGCUCCUCCUGCGCUGCUGCAGUGCAUGCCAGUGUUCCCGCCACCACUCCUGAUGUACUCACCGCCCCUCUACGUGUCUCGUAGCAACAGCACUGGCACGUUAUCAGAGGUCAGAGGUCAAGGGGAGGUGAGCAGGAGGAUGAGACGCUCCCUGUCCACUGAUAAGCAGUGCUUUGUGGACAACUCUCUGGACAGAGCCAUCAGAGCAGCUCGACACAUGAAACACACUUCCAGACACAUGGCUCGCUCUCUGGCUACUGGACUGCAGUACCAGGAGCUGCUGACUCAGUCCUGCACCUACUAGUCUGAACUCACUUCAGGGGCAGCUUAGACUGAGCAGCAUUAACUCAAAGUUAAUACCCAAAGUGAAUAAUAAAUCUAAAAACCCUUCUCUUCAUUAUAACUUUUCUUUGGUUUUCUAUGUUUGGAGAAAAAAUAUUGCUUAAACUUCAUUUUUAUAUGUAAUUUUAUGGCAAAAAUGAAGUCUCAGGUGGCCAAACAUGAAUUUGUUUUUUUUUGUUUUUUUUAGCAGAUAUUUGUUUUUUUUCAAAAGAUGUGCUGGCAUAUUUUGAAAUUACUUUGUAAAGUGAUGUAGUACUGUAGAGCAGUCUGAUUGAAAAUGUAGUUGAUCAUAUUGAUUUUUAUACCAAAAGACAUUAGUUUCUUCACUUCACCUGACAUGAGAAAUUACAGCUGUCUUGAUAUGGCGGUUGUCCUGAGUUAAUACUCAGUUAUUUUGAACUAUUUAUUAACCAUGUGAUUAUAUUUUUAAUGAUCAUGUGACUACUUUUUUCUAGUUUGUAGAGAAAAAUAAGUAAUAAGAUUUCAGCUGCAUUGUAAUUGCUGUACAAGCCUUUUUUUUGUUGACAUAGUAACAUGUUGUACUGUAAAUGAAAUGAACUUGCUCAUUACACCUGUUCCAUUUUGGAUGGUCGUUCAACAAACCAUCAUGGAUCUAUUUUGUUAAUGGUAACUUGCUCAUCACUCUUAAUGUCCAGUAUACAAUGAAUAGAAUUGUGUGGCCACCAAGACCUGAGAUGCUGGAUAUCUUCAAUACGAGUUCUUCUUCUGUGUUGUUAAAGUCAUUUUGUAUGUGUAGACUACGCAUUUUAAGGAGUUCAGAGUGAAAGUUUGUACAGUGUUUUAUCAUAAGCUUGCAAGUGUCACGAGCCAGAAUUACAAGUCUACUUUAACUGAUCAGCUUUAUGUGGCGCAGGCAUUCCCACACUAGCACUGCAGUGAUAAAAGGCUUUUACGCAUUCAAGCUAGUGUGGAGCCACCUUUACACACUGCUGAGAUUGCAAACAGAGACAUUAGAUUAAUUUUUAUCGAUAAAAUGAUGCAUUAUAUUUGGUUGGGAUAUUCCACAGAACUGGUGGAUAUUUAAAGUGAAUUCUUCUGGUAGUUUCUAAUCCUUUCCUACUUUUGUACCAUUAUUUCUCAAACUCGUCUUUUUUAAUAUUUUGCAGGGAAUCUUGUGAGUUGUCUCUAAGGAGCCAAUUAAAUGUGG